AAAAAUUAUGUAAUGGCAUAUUUCAUUUAGCAAUAUGCGUUUGUUGGUAAUGCUGCUUUUAGCAGCUCAGGUGCUUCAUGAAGUACAAGCAAAAGCGAGUCUAUUAUUUAUAAAUAAAACUGAAAUAGAAGAAACCGUCAGUAUAGAGGGCAUGUGUGUUAGUGUUGAUUACAAUGAUGCGAUUGGAUUUACUAUUUCAUCAGACAACUACGUCACUUAUGACGUAGCAGCCAACAUUUUUAAACCUGUACCUUUCGACUGGACUGAACAAGGUUGGGCAAGGGAUUAUGCUUAUAAAGCAACGUUUGGACCAAUUACCGAUUAUACCUGGGAAAUGUUUCCGACUAUUGAAACUCACGGAUAUCCAAUUACUAAAGAAUACGAUUUAAAACAACUGGUAGAAAUAAAAAUACUAAACCAAUUUGAAUUGAAUUUCUCGUUUUUGGGCAAAUCGCACGCAUAUAUCUACUUGUGUACAAACACGGACGAUAGAGAGAGUAAUUGUUUGGUCGGUGGCUUUGGUAUUUCAAAUGGAACCGAAAGUCGCUUAUUACUAUGUCAAGGACAUGUAGCGCACUUGAUAUCUGCCAAUAUAUUAUCAGAAAAUUGCCAAUCAAUAACAGAUAAAAUUACACACGAAGCAAUUUUCUCGGAAAACCAAUGGAGUCAGAUAUCUAUAAAAUACCUCAAUCAAUAUUUAGAAGUGAUUAUUGACAACACAUCUUUGUUGUCAUAUAAUGCCCCGGAUAUUAACGACUUUAAUAAAUAUACAAAAAUAUUUAUUCAUUCUGGUACAGAAAAUGCUUCAUGGAAAUAUCAUGAAUAUUCAUAUUACGAGAUGCGUAGCCCAAAGAUGAAAUAUGUCGAUAGUUCCUGGUUCAAUGUAUCAUCCAACCAAUUGUGCAUUUCGUUGUUAGCAAAUUAUAAACACCAUAUCACAAUGAAACUGUUUAAUUCCACGGAUAGUAAAAUGAUUAUAAACGAAGUGAAUUAUCAAAGUGAUAAAAACACAAAGUGGAAUUAUAAAACGUUUAACACUUUUGCAUUAGAAACUGGUAAAUACUUGUUGCGAAUUGAAUAUAAUCCUGAUGAUAUUGUAGCAAUUCGCGAAGUAAUUUUUCAUGAAAAUGACGAGUGCAAUGAUAAUACAUUGAAUGAUUUUCACUAUUCUUCAUUGGAUUAUAAGACCAAUAGAUGGGACAAUAUAAAUAUAACAUGUUCAUCACUUCUUUAUCCUCACAUUCAACUAACGUUUGAAAAUGUGAAUGAAGUUUGUGGUGUUGAAUUGUGCACGGAAUUCUACAAUAGCUCAGUAUGUCCACAUAUGAUAACAUGCAGUGAAGAUACUUGUUUCUAUAACUGUUCUGUUUCACAUGGAUAUACAACAGUAAAACAUCCAGCAGAAUUUGCAUUUUUGUUUAAUGUUAAUUCUCUACUUAUUUCGAUAUUAAUUACUAUUAUUAUCUUAAUAAUUGUAAGAAUUUGCAAACAAAGACAAAUUUAUAAACAAAUUUCUGCACGUAAUUAAUUAUAUUGUUUAAUAAUAUACUAAAUAUGUUAAAAACAAGUUUCAGCGUUAUUGCUCCUGACCAUGGAUAAUGCAAAAGUGUAGUGACAUUCACACAUGUACGUAGCAAGAUUAUGGUAUGCACAUUAAUUUAAUUAAUAUUAAUGAAUACCACGUUCUCUAUGACAUACCUACUAAAGAGGAGGAGUACCUACUUCAGGAAUUGAAUCUUCAAAUAAGCAUUUAAAUGCUAAAAGUUCGGCAAUUACAUGUGAAACUCUCCUAAAAUAAUAAAAAUAACCUACGUCCUGAAUUCUGUAAAGAUAUUUUAUAUAUUAAUAGAAAAUACAGAUUGCGCAGGCGUAAGCUGCACCCCGUGAAUAAAACCCAUGACUAAAGUACUUUAGCCACCGCCUUGGUCGUCCGUGUUUAAAGUACAACUUUUUGUGUCUAAAAACCGUGGAAAAGUAGAAGUAAAAAGAUUAUAUUUUGAUUUCAGUAUUUUAAUUAUUUUAAAAACAAUAAACCAUUUACAUUACGUAAAUAAAGUUAUUUAAAAAAUUUCAAGUAAUGAAAAGAUUUCGAGAAAUGCAGAAAAAAUUGGAUUUAUAUCUUUUAAGCAAUAUAUAUAUAUAAUUAAAAAUGAUAUUUAAUAGUUAUGAUGUAUUUAGAAUACAUAUUUGUAAACAUUUCAUAUUCUUAUCAGAAUAAAUAUACCUACUGAAAAUAAGUCAAAUAA